UCUUCUGAUUCACUCCCAAAAUGGCCAUAACAGCCAGAGCUGGCCGAUCAGGAGCCAGGAGCUUCUUCCAGGUCUCCCACAUGGCUACAGGGGCCCAAGGACUUGGGCCAUCUUCCUCUGCUUUCCCAGGCCAUAGCAGAGAGCUGGAUCAGAAGUGGGUCAGCCAGGACUGGAACCAGCUAAUGGUUUUACCCGCUAACCACAGUGCCGGCCCCCCAAAACAUGACUUCCUGAUUGAUUUCCUUAGGCAGGCAGACUUUUAUAUUUUAAGCUUACUUAUGGCUAUCUAAUAAAGCCCUUGGUUACUUUUAUAAAUGGGAGGCAGUCAGCCUUCCUUGCCAGGUUUUGCAGACAGCGGGACUUUUUGCCCUCCCUUAACAGAAUAGUUGCUUGUGUUAUGUGCAUUUCAUCACAUGGUGCUGAAGUCAGCCUGUGUAUGCUAGGGCAAAGGUUUCCCAGCCAGAUGGGAAGGUGUUCUCUAUGGGGCCUUACUCCUGUUUUUGGUUUGAAAUGACACUGCUGAAAACUGUUUCAUCUGAACCUCAGUGGUUGUCUCCUUGUUGGUUGCCUCAUUCCAGUGCCUAUUCUCUUUUAUAAUUCAGAAUUUCGAGGAUGGAUGCAUCUAGGUUUAAGAUUCUUGGCAAACCUUGGCAUUUUAUCUCCAGACUCAAAAUACUGAUAGCUAUGUAUACAAAGGUCUUCAUAAAGUCUGUGGAAAAUGUGUAUUACCAAAAACUGCGCUUGGAUUUCAAAAUUGUUUAAGUCAAAACGAAUUUUAAUUCUAUUUUCCACAGAUUUUGAGGUACCUCCAUAUUUAUGAAUAUAAAAUUUAUAUGGAACUACCAAGCAAGCCAGCUAUUUGUGAUCACCUUCUAGUUGUUGGGUUCCUUACUGUAUGAAAAAGGAAAGGAAGGUUGGCAAAUGUAGAACAAAACUGGAUGGUCCUAUAGAGUAAGUUAAAUUCUUUGAACACAGAAUAGGUUGGUGUACAAAAAUCAAUCUCAUACCUGUUCAAAUCCAAGGUGUCAAAGUGCAGUACAAGUAUAAGGAUAUACAGUUAAUUCUCUUUCAGGGUAGUAACGUUCUGUAAAGUCCUUAUGAGCACUGAAUGGAUCAGUGCUAUCACUCAUGCCCGAGGAAAGUUGAUCAGGAAUUUUCUCUGGAAAGCAUUCUUGUGUGUAGAACACCAGCGCACACUUGACCAUUACAGUUGGGGACCAUUUUAAGCAGUGAAAUCACCAGCAAAAAGCAUAAAGAUGCAAAAAAAGGCGCCAAGAGAAUCUCAGAAAGUGAACUUCUUUGAAUAUGAGAGCUAGAACAAGAGCAUUGCAGGGCUCCACCUCAGCUGGGAACAUGCACAUUGGGUAACUUAAAUGUUUCAUCACUUAGUGCAUGUCCAUUAAGGACCACAGAAGCACUGCAAAUAUUGAUUUGGGGAUUACAGAUAAAUUUUAGUAAGUGAAUUUGUAAAUACAGAAUCUGCAAACUACAGAUUAACUGUACCAGCUGCAGCCUCUCCUGUGGUCUGGUAGAAUGACCAAUUUCAGUAUUUUGGUUUAGCGCCAUUUGUUGUCUCAGGGAGUACAUAAAACUAGAGAACACUCCUGCCUAAUUAUAGAAGCCAAGUAACUGGAGUAAGGAGAAUAUAACAAAUAGACAAUAAAAGAGCUCAGCAAAGUAGUUAUCUUGGGAGAUUAUAGGUAGGCUUAUUCCAGUAAUGCUAUUAGCCAAAUUUAACUUCUGCUUUCAGUGCUCUUAGGACCCAUACUACAAUUAGCCUUAUGAAAUCAGAUUUUUUUUUUUUUUCAAAGGCAGAGUUAGAAAGGUCUUCCAUCCACUGGUUCACUCCCCAUGUGCUUGUGACAGCUGGAGUUGUGCCAGGAGGAAGCCAGGAGCCAGGAACUCCAUCCAGGUUUACCACAAGGGUACAGGAGCCCAAGCACUUGGGCCAUCCUUAGCUGCUUUCCCAGGUGCAUCAGCAGGGAGCAUGAUUGGAAAUGGAGCAACCAAAACUGCUAUAUGGGAUGCUGGCAUUACAGGGGGCAGCUUAACCCCUGUGCUACAAUGGCUGCAACCUGAGCCCCUGAAAUCAGGUUAAGUACAAAUAGAUUUAAGGCAGCCUUGCUUCAAGGAAGUGAGACCUCAAAUGUGAAAGUUGGGAGGACCAUCCAAGACUUCUAGAACAGAACAGAACGUAUGAGAGUAAAAAUUAGGUUGCCCUGUGAAGUAGCUUUUCUAGUCUAGAUGAAACUAGUCUAGAGAAGUUACAUUGUGCAUGGCAUUUUCAGGUUUUUACUAUACUACAGCUGUUUAUGUGUUUUGCAGCCAUGAGGAGAUCGGUUUCACUAGAGAAGGGGGGCAGGGUAUAUGUUUAGGAAUAAUGGGAACAUGGAUUUGCAAUCCAAAUGCUUUGGUAUAGUGGAUGGUACAUUUUUGGAAGUGUAAGUGAAAGAAUUUUGUAGGAACUCCUCCUCUCUGGAACCUCGUCGAGUAACUGGGGGAGAAAAGUGGUAAAAUAUUUUGGCUACAGUCCCCAUUUCUCCCUCUACCUGGGAUGAUCAAUUUCUAGGACAUCAGGUUUCCCUGUGCUCUGUUUUCCUGGAGCUUUGGGUCCCACUGUCCUCUCCUGACCAGUUGGUUGGUGGCAAGGAAGGCAGGAGGAGGUAGCCCAGCUGGAGCGUCCUAGGUGCUGGCCAUCCCUCCCACCAGCUUACAAGGGUGUGUGGCCGCCUAUAGGGAUGUGCUUCGGAGAACACUUAGCUGUGAUCUACUUGGAAUUCUGGUAGAUUCGACCUAAACAUUUUAAAAAUACUACCCAUCUUUGUCCCAUUCUACUGUGUUUUUGUUUGUUCCUUCUGAAGAACAAACAUGCAAAACCCUGGUUCUGUUUGUUUUUGUGGUAGCCCCACCCCCUUGGGGUUUCUUUGGAAGCCUGCAGGUCUCUUCCUGGUGCUGAUGCUGUGGCUGUUAACCAUUUACUGCCUAACCUAGCAGUCCCUUGCUCUCAAGAAGCUAGUAUUUUGAUGACUGGGGCAACUCACUUAUUAACAGUAAAAGAGCACUGCAUAAUUGGAGUGCAGUUAAGUGCCCAAAUAUGUAGCUCAAGGCUAGGUCUCAGCAGCCUUUCCACAAUAAAGAAGCCUGUGCGCGGGAGAAAGUAACCACUCUGCAGACUGGGUCCUGGCGGGGCCCCUCGUCCCUCCCUCCCACACGUACACACCUCUAUCUCCGAGACACUUAGUUCUUUCUCCCAAACUUCUUGACUCUUGCCUUCCUCCUUCCGUCUGAAAGGAAAAUGGGGGAGGGGGCGUGCAGCCCGCUUUCUUCCAGGGUUUCUGUCCUUCGCAGUCUGGGGGAGGUGCUGGACUAGCUGCCCAAGUCUGGCUACAGCUGACCCAGGCCCCUGUCCCGCCCUUUGCUCCCCAGCUUUCCAAUAAGCCCCGAGGCUCAGCAGGCCUCGGCGGCGACUUUCAGUUUCAUUUCCACGGACCCUCCUGCUUGGGCCGCAGCCACCGCCGCGAUGCCCAGCAAGUUCAGCUGCAGGCAGCUCCGGGAGACGGGCCAAUCCUUCGAGAGUUUCCUGGUCGUUCGGGGACUGGACAUGGAGACAGAUCGCGAGCGGCUGCGGACCAUUUAUAACCGCGACUUCAAGAUCAGCUUUGGGACCCCCGCCCCUGGCUUCUCCUCCAUGCUGUAUGGAAUGAAGAUUGCAAAUCUGGCCUACGUCACCAAGACUCGGGUCAGGUUCUUCAAACUCGACCGCUGGGCCGACGUGCGGGUCCCAGAAAAGAGGAGAAUGAAGCCAGGGUCAGAGAUCAGCAAAUACCACAAGUCCCUGCUCGCCAGGAUCUUUUAUGACAGGGCUGAGUAUCUUCAUGGGAAACAUGGGGUGGAUGUGGAAGUCCAGGGGCCCCAUGAAGCCCGAGAUGGACAGCUCCUUAUCCGCCUGGAUUUGAACCGCAAGGAGGUGCUGACUUUGAGGCUUCGGAAUGGAGGGCCCAAACCCGUCACCCUCACUCACCUCUUCCCGCUCUGCCGGACUCCCCAGUUUGCCUUCUACAUGGGUGACCAGGAGCUGCCCUGCCCCCUGGGCCCUGGUGAAUGCUAUGAGCUCCACGUCCACUGUAAGACCAGCUUUGUGGGCUACUUCCCGGCCACGGUGCUCUGGGAGCUGCUGGGGCCUGGAGAGGCGGGCUCGGAAGGAGCUGGCACUUUCUACAUUGCCCGCUUCUUGGCUGCCGUGGCCCACAGCCCCCUGGCUGCCCAGCUGAAGCCCACGGCUCCCUUCCAGCGGACCCGGAUCACUGCAAACCCUGUGGUGACCACUCGGAUAGAGGAAGGAGAGAGACCUGACCGAGCUAAGGGCUACGACCUGGAGCUGAGUAUGGCACUGGGGACGUAUUACCCCCCACCUCGCCUCAGGCACCUGCUCCCCAUCCUUCUUCAGGGAACAAGUGUCUUCACUGCCCCAAAGGAGGUCGCUGAGAUCAAGGCCCAGCUGGAGACCUCCCUGAAGUGGAGGAACUAUGAGAUGAAGCUCCGGCUGCUGCUGCACCUGGAGGAGCUGCAGAUGGAGCAUGACAUCCGGCACUAUGACCUGGAGUCGGUACCCAUGACCUGGGACCCAGUGGACCAGAACCCCAGGCUGCUCACGCUGCAGGUUCCUGGGGUGACCGAGAGCCGCCCUUCAGUGCUGAGAGGUGAUCACCUGUUUGCCCUGUUGUCCUCCGAGACCCAGCAGGAGGACCCUGUCACCUAUAAGGGCUUUGUGCACAAGGUGGAGUUAGACCGGGUCAAGCUGAGCUUUUCCACGAGCCUCCUGAGCCGCUUUGUGGAUGGGCUGACCUUCAAGGUGAACUUCACCUUCAACCGCCAGCCCCUGCGAGUCCAGCACCGUGCCCUGGAGCUGACGGGGCGCUGGCUGCUGUGGCCCAUGCUCUUCCCUGUGGCCUCCCGUGGGGUCCCGCUGCUGCCCUCCGAUGUGAAGCUCAAGCUGUUUGACCGAAGUCUGGAGUCCAAUCCAGAGCAGCUACAGGCCAUGAAGCACAUUGUUAGGGGCACCACCCGGCCAGCCCCCUACAUCAUCUUUGGGCCUCCGGGCACUGGCAAGACCGUCACCUUGGUGGAAGCCAUUAAGCAGGUGGUGAAGCACCUGCCCGAAGCCCACAUCCUGGCCUGCGCUCCGUCCAACUCGGGGGCCGACCUCCUGUGCCAGCGGCUCCGGGCCCACCUGCCCAGCUCCAUCUACCGCCUCCUGGCCCCCAGCAGAGAUAUCCGCAUGGUACCCGAGGACAUCAAGCCCUGCUGUAACUGGGACGCCAAGAAGGGGGAGUACGUGUUUCCUGCCAAGAAGAAGCUGCAGGAGUACCGGGUGUUAAUUACCACGCUCAUCACUGCCAGCAGGUUGGUCUCGGCCCAGUUUCCCGUCGAUCACUUCACACACAUCUUCAUCGAUGAAGCCGGCCACUGCAUGGAGCCCGAGAGUCUGGUGGCCAUAGCAGGGCUGAUGGAAGUCAAGGAAACAGGCGAUCCAGGGGGGCAGCUGGUGUUGGCGGGAGACCCCCGUCAGCUGGGGCCUGUGCUGCGGUCCCCACUGACCCAGAAGCAUGGGCUGGGCUACUCACUGCUGGAGCGCCUGCUCACCUACAACGCCCUGUACAAGAAGGGCCCUGACGGCUACAACCCCCAGUUCAUAACCAAGCUUCUGCGCAACUACAGGUCCCAUCCCACUAUCCUGGAAAUUCCCAACCGGCUGUAUUAUGAUGGGGAGCUGAAGGCCUGUGCGGACAUUGUAGACCGAGAGCGCUUCUGCCGCUGGGAGGGUCUGCCCCGGCAGGGCUUUCCCAUCAUCUUCCAUGGCGUCAUGGGCAAGGAUGAACGUGAGGGCAACAGCCCAUCCUUCUUCAACCCUGAAGAGGCCGCCACGGUGACUUCCUACCUGAAGCUGCUCCUGGCCCCCUCCUCCAAGAAGGGCAAAGCUCGCCUGAGCCCCCGCAGCGUGGGCGUCAUCUCCCCAUAUCGGAAGCAGGUGGAAAAGAUCCGGUACUGCAUCACCAAACUUGACAGGGAACUUCGGGGACUGGAUGACAUCAAGGACCUGAAGGUGGGCUCCGUGGAAGAAUUCCAAGGUCAAGAACGCAGCGUCAUCCUCAUCUCCACUGUGCGAAGCAGCCAGAGCUUUGUGCAGCUGGACCUGGACUUUAAUCUGGGUUUCCUUAAGAACCCCAAGAGGUUCAACGUGGCUGUGACCCGGGCCAAGGCCUUGCUCAUCAUAGUGGGCAACCCCCUUCUCCUGGGCCAUGACCCCGACUGGAAAGCAUUCCUGGAGUUCUGUAAAGAAAACGGGGGGUAUACCGGGUGCCCCUUUCCUGCCAAACUGGACCUGCAGCAGGGACAGAACUUACUCCAAGGUCUGAGCAAGCUCAGCCCCUCUACCUCAGGGCCUCAUGGUCACGACUGUCUCCCCCAGGAGCGGGAGAGCCAAGGCGGCCUGUCCCUGCAAGUCGAGCCAGAGUGGAGGAAUGAGCUCUGAAGACAUGGCAGCCUGCCUUCUCACACCAGCCAAGCCUUAACCUCCUGCCCGGCCCUGAACCAGAACCCUGCCUGAACCAGAACCCGGCCAGCUGCCCCUCCGAGGGACAGGAAGGCUGGGGGAGGGAGUUUACAACCCAAGCCCUGCCGCCCCCUCCCCUGCUGGGGAGAAUGACACAUCAAGCUGCUAACAAUUGGGGGAAGGGGGGAGGGAGAAAAAAAUCUGAAAACAAGAUUUUGUUCUAUGCAAAA